UCGUGCAGACGGAGAAAAUUGGGAGAUAAGGAAGAAACUGUAAAGCAGUCAUGGUCAGAACAACUUCCCAUCUGUUGUAUUCUUCGUCUUUACUCUCCUCUUCUCUCUCUCCUUUCUCCGAUUCAUUUCCCUCUCUCUUCUUACCCUUUCAAACUCUACAAAAACCUGCAAACCCAAUCCCCCAAUGCGCAUCCCAUUUCCCCCUCUUCUCUCGUAGUCUUUCAUUGUUCGACGCAUCAUGGCGAAUGGGAAGAGUGAUGAUGGGAUUGUGCGGUUGAGGGCGUGGGUGCAGCGUUAUGAUUGGGGCAGAUGCGGGGGGGACUCGCAGGUGGCGAGGCUGUUGGCUUUGAAUUCUGGGGUGGAGGUCGACCCGAAGGCUCCUUACGCGGAAUUGUGGAUGGGAACCCAUGAUUCCGGCCCCAGUUUUGUGAUGGGGAGUGGGGUGCUGUUGGCGGAGGAGGAAAAGGGGGUGACUUUGAAGGAGUGGAUUGGGAAGAACCCAAAUGUGCUUGGGAACAAGGUAUUGGGGAAGUGGGGUUGUGAUCUGCCUUUCCUGUUCAAGGUACUUUCGGUGGCAAAAGCACUGUCAAUACAGGCACAUCCAGAUAAGGAAUUGGCAAAGGAAUUGUUUAAGUUGCAGCCACAUCUUUAUAAGGAUGGCAAUCACAAACCUGAGAUGGCUUUGGCAAUAACAGAGUUCAAGGCAUUGUGUGGGUUCAUUAGUCUUGAGGAACUCAAGGACGUGUUUCAUGAUGUACCUGAGAUUGUGGAACUGAUUGGAACUGCAGAGGCAAAUAGAGUUAUAAAUAUCCACAAGCAAGAUGGGGAAGAAAAAGUAAAAUCUGUACUACGCUCAACAUUUACCCAACUCAUGUCAGCUAAUGAGGAGAUGACAGCUAAAGCAAUAUCAAAACUGAAAAGUCGUCUGCAACUUGAAAGUAAGAUGAGGCGAUUGACAGACAAGGAACAGUUGGUCUUGCUCUUGGAAAAGCAAUAUCCAGGUGAUAUUGGUGUCAUAUCAGCCUUCUUUCUUAAUUAUGUGCAGCUUAACCCUGGUGAAGCAUUGUACCUUGGAGCAAAUGAGCCUCAUGCAUACCUGAGUGGUGAGUGCAUUGAAUGCAUGGCAACUUCAGACAAUGUUGUCCGAGCUGGCCUUACUCCCAAGCAUCGCGAUAUCCAAACUCUUUGUUCCAUGCUCACUUAUAACCAGGGCUACCCAGAAAUCUUGAAAGGAUUCCCAUUGAGUCCAUAUAUAACAAGGUAUCUUCCACCUUUUGAUGAGUUUGAGGUUGAUCGAUGCAUUCUUCCCCAAGGGGCAUCAGCAGUUUUCCCAGCUAUCCCUGCUGCCUCCAUUUUUCUUGUCCUAGUUGGGGAUGGAACACUGCACAUUGGAUCAUCCAAAGAUGUAGUUACCGAAGGAGAUGUGCUGUUUGCACCAGCCAACACUGAGAUUACUAUAAGUACUAGUUCUGAGCUGCAGCUGUAUAGGGCAGGGGUAAAUAGCAGGUUCCUCCAUACUUUGUGAAUCAAGAAUAGAGGCGCAGCAGGCAGCCUCCAAGUUUAGAGUUAUAAACAAUAAUUUUUUAAUUUUGCCUGGUGUCAUAUACCUCAGCAAUUAUAUUUAUUCAAGCAUUUAUGUAUUGUAAUUUGACUUUGGUAUUUGCAAGUAUAUAGUAAAGGUUGUCUCAUUCAUUACCAGUUACUCUUGGGUGUUUCAAUUCUGGCCCCAACUUAUUUCUAAAUUGUAACAAAAUUUCUUUCUGCCG